GCUGAAGACCGUCUGGCCCAGUUUCACCGCGCCCGCCCACAUCCGCUCAAGCCAAAAGCACUUCAUCUUGACCACCGUCUCCCUCGUCAGCCUUCUUAACUCCAGCAUCCUCCGCUUUCUAUUUCCUGCUUUCCUCAGGCCACGUAUAUUUCCUGUUGUCAGCUCGACUCAGUCUUCCAUUCAGUCUCGCAAGAACGUUUGCUGUCACCGCUCGUCAAUCUUUUGUCUCUUGAUUAACGACAUUUCAUCACGCAUUCGCCACCAUCCAACCGGGCUUUCCGAAUCACCUCGUUGGACGCGUCAAUCUUGCAGUUUCGCUCUGCAAACCAAUCACCGCAUUUAUAUUUAUUCACUUGCGUCCCUGCGAUCGCCUCUUGCUCGUCUCCGCACUCUCCUGUCGGCGACGAUCUAGGCGUUCCAACUCAGCGCGUUUGCUGGGUUUUCAAAACUAUUUCAUCCUACGCAUAGCCGUCCCCACCAUCCUUUCAACUUAAAACGAUGGCUACCUCCAACCCUCGCCGGCGGACCAUGGUGACUCGGUCAGACAGCGCUGCCGAGAACGAACUGUCUACCACCACAACCACUCUCCGCAAAGGCGCUACAUUUCACAAUCCCGCUACUUCGGUGGAUUCCCCCUUCACUCCUCCUCAACUCCCACGUGCUCAGUCAAACUACGAUGACUGUGUAGAUGCUCGUCGCCGUCGCAUGGCCACUACCCUCAACGACAUUGAUGAAGCCCUGUCCAUGACCGAGAAGCUCUCUCUCUCCGACAGCAAGCCCACUCGAAAGAUCGCCCUGAAGGACCACAGCGCCCUUCCCCUACCUCGCGGAUUCCUCGAACUACCCAUCGUUGAUCCCGAAAUGGCUGAGCGCAGAGUUCUUCGCCCGCGCUCCGCUCGCCGCCAGCAGCACGCUUCUGAUAGCGGCCUCGGCAGCUCUGUCGCUUCGUCUACCAACGACAAGCGCGCCAUGAUAGAGAACCAACCCAGAAGCCAAAAGGCCAAGACACAAACAGUGCCUGCCUACAGAACUCGAUCUGUCACCGCUUCUUCCACAAACACCUCUUCCCUCAGCCCCCGUGCGGUUAACCGUAUCCAGGAGCACAUCCUGCGUCCUCUUUUGGACAAGCCCUCUCUCAAGCCCUUUGAAGCUAUCGUUCUUGAUGUUCCUCGUCGCAUUCGUGCCCAGGAAAUCAUUUGCCUUCGUGAUGUUGAGAAGACUCUCAUCUUCAUGGCACCGGAGAAGGCGAAAUCUGCUACGCUCUACCUCGACUUCUGUCUUACGUCAAUUCGCUGCGUCCAAGCCACGGUGGAAUACCUCAACGAAAACGACCAGAUCCGACCUGAUGAUCGCCCCUAUACUAAUGGAUACUUCAUCGACUUGAAGGAGCAGCUUUACCAGUAUGGACGACAACUCGCCACCAAGGAAAAGGGUGACGAUAUGGAUAUCGACCAAGGAGAUGAGAUCAGACUGCACGGUGGCAUUGCCAUCAAUGGCCGCCCAGCUGAACUCGUUCGUGUCAAGAAGGAUGGCACUGCCAUCUCUAUGGCCACUGGUGAGCCCGUCGACUUGGACGAGGCUCCCCUUAAGUACAAGCGUUCCAUCAGCCAGCAGCUCGCCGAUGACGAAGAGAUCAUGCGCUCCAUGGCUCGUCGCAAGAAGAAUGCUACUCCCGAAGAGCUCGCUCCCAAGCAGUGCCGCGAGCCCGGAUGCAAUAAGGAAUUCAAGCGCCCUUGCGACUUGACCAAGCACGAGAAGACGCACUCUCGUCCUUUCAAGUGCCCCUUCCCCACCUGCAAGUAUCACACCUUUGGCUGGCCCACCUCUAAGGAGAUGGACCGCCACGUCAACGACAAGCACUCUGAUGCUCCAUCCAUCUACGAGUGCAUGUUUAAGCCUUGCCCUUACAAGUCUAAGCGUGAGUCGAACUGCAAGCAGCACAUGGAGAAGGCGCACGGAUGGACAUACGUCCGCACCAAGACCAACGGCAAGAAGGCUGUCACCAAGCCUUUGACGCCUCCUCAGGAAACUCCUCAGCUUGGUAACAUGCCCACUCCCUCCAGCACAUCCAACUACAGCGUCCCUACCCCUCCUCAGGAUGAGAUGCUUCAGGGUCUUCCCAGCGAUUUCCCUACCUAUGCUGGAGAGAACGCAUGGCUUGGCUCUGCCCACGUUGCCCAGCCUCAGCUCGAGAACAUGGACUUGCUGGCAGACAACCAGUCUCCUUCAUCCUCUGCAUCCUACGAGCAGUACCCUGCUUACCAGAACGGAUCAACCUUUAUUCUCAACGAUGAAGACCUCUACGCUGCUCGUGUUCAGCUUCCUCAGCAGAUGCCCGCUCCUCUCUACAACAAGAUGAUGCCUCAGCAAAUGCAGCAGUUCCCCCAGCUUGCUCAGCAACAAAUGAUGCAGCAACUUGUGCAACCCGCUAUGGAACUCCCGGCUCACUUCUCACCUGCUGGCCAGGAAAACGCUAUGCUCUACACUCCAUCCUCUCUCCAGGAGGUUGAUGACGUCUUUGAGGAUCCCAGCAUCAACACUGGAAACGAUUUCCAGCUGUUCCCUGUGGACUUGAACAAGACCACCGACUUCCAGCCGCUAUUUGGAAUGCCCAGCGCUGACCUCGGCUUCUCCCAAGCCACGCAGCCCGACAUCCUCCAGCACAUUGACUGGUCAAACGUUGACUGCGGCAGCUUCCAGGAGUAAAUGACUUCCUGAAGAUAGCUUGGUGACGAACACGGCAGAAAACCUUGAAAACCCUAUCACAAAAACAUAUUUAUGAAUGAUGAUUUGGAUGCAGCGCAAGAAGGCGCGCAAUACGCACUGGCCUGAGGCUAUCGAUUUAUUACCUGUUAUUAUUUUUCGUUUAAACACAAAGCCGCAGAGGCAAAUAUGAUGUAUAAUUGGGAGGACUCAUGGAGGCGCAAACAUUGAAAUCGGUUUGCUGUUGUAUUGAUAGAUAGUUGAGAUGAUGCAUUUCAUCUCCUUGGAACAGUUUGGAGAUUUUCAUACUUCAUAAGAACGCAUUGUUUCCACUC